AUGGAUGAAAUCAAAGGCAUUGUCAACCAUCUGGGCACCGCCAUCCUCCCCUCCCUCCUCCCCAUCCAAGACCUUCUCGGCCCUCUCCUCAUCAAGAACAAGGACCAAAUCCUCUCCGUCCCCUCAACUUCACACAAAUACGGCCCUCACCCCCGUAACGAGCUAGACGUGUACACAUCCACAUCCCACGAACAGCCCAGCCCCAUCCUCAUCUGGCUCUACGGCGGCGGCCUCGUCGCCGGCGACAAGACCGACACCAGCUUCGCCGACGGCCUGACCUUCCACAACCUCGGCGCCUUCUUCGCCCAGCGCGGCUUCACCGUCGUCAUCCCCGACUACCGCCGCGUCGACUCAAUAGAUCCCGUUACCCACAAGCCCACCGGCGAGGGAGCUGUGUACCCGUCUGGCGGCGAGGACCUGUCACUCGCUCUCACAUGGGUAGAGCAUAACCUGUGCAAGGAUAAAUCCGUCGACGUCUUCAUCAUGGGCCACUCAGCUGGCGGCACGCAUCUUGCCACGUUCCUGCUCGACCCGGCGUUUGCGGCCCAGCGUAACCGUCUUGUCUCGGGUGCUUCGCCGCUUCGACUCCGUGGUGCGAUCCCCGCAAGCGCCCCGUUUACAUGGGACACUAUGAAUCUUGAGCGCACGCCGGUGAUUACGACUUACUUUGGAGAUAUGAGAGACAAGUUACGUGACCGUACGGCGCAGCACCAGCUUGAAGUGUUUGGCACCACGCGCGUGGCAAACCAGGAUGUCCAGCCCAAGUGGCUCAUUGUUGAGGCUGAGUGGGAUCCGCGCAACGAGGUGCUCGACUCGGGCGACAAGUUCUACGCGACGGCCAAGAAAGUCAUUCCGGAUCAGGUCGAGUAUCUUGAACUUAAGGGCCAUAACCAUCUGAGUUACCCGUGGAGUCUCAUGGUUGGCCAGGCCGAGGACCAGUGGGGAGUACAGAUUAUUGCGUGGAUGAGAAAGACACUGGGCCAAUAA